AUAUUUUCCGGAUUAUUGAAGACAUUGUUUUCGACAUCUUUUAGUUCUGAACGGUUCGUCUGAGAUUUAUCCUGAUUUAAACAUGGAAGUAAUUUAGUCUGAUCUUUAUAUGAAUGUUAAUUGACUGACGAAGAUUCAUCAGACGGUAUAUCAUCGAUGUUGAAGAAGUGACGGCUUUUUGUUGAAUGGUUUGAUAAAGACGAAGAAUGUGGUUUAGAAUAAUGUUUGUUAAUGUCACUAGGAAUAACAAAAGUAGUGUCUUUUUUAGGAUGUUGUAGAGAUGAUACGUCUAUCUGAGAUGAAAUAUUUCUCUCUUCUCUAUCAAUUCUGCUAUCUAAUAUACGAAGGUUUUCGGUGGUGUAAUUUGCGAUCUAACGGACAUAUCUUCUGAAGCAACAUGUUCUUCUAUUAUACUCUCUCUUAAUCUGGCGAUUUCAGCUUUAUCUUUCACUACGUUCAACCUUUCUACUAUUUUGUCUCUCUCUAGCAUUUUCUUUUGUUCCAAUAUUUUAAGCUCUAUCUCUCUCUUCCGUUCUAAUAAAUUUAAUUCCCUUUUUAGCUUUUCCUCCGCAAGUUUCGCCUGUAACUGAGCCUCAGCAGAUUCAGUCUUCCUCUGUAGGAGCAAGUUUAAAGAUGAUGUCGAUUGGGACUUACUAUGAUGGCUUUUUUGACUGCUGCGAGAAGAGUGAUGAUAUAAACUGGAAUGCCUGGAAGAUCUAGAGUGAUUUGAAGGUGAUCGAUGCGACGACGAACGGUGACGUGAGUCCUGACUUAUGGCAUUAUCAAUUUCUAAAUUAUCAUCAGCGUUAGAAUGUUUAAAUUAUUUCUCACAAACCGAUUUUAUUUGGUCGAUUUUUAUUUUUUGCUCUCUCAAAAGUUGGUUAGCAGCCUCACUCUCUUCCGUGGAGACCAGAUUAUUAUGCUCAAAAGUUAUUUUUUCAACUAUUCCGAGUGUCUCAUUAAGUUUAUUUGACAUGUUAACUAUCUCUGAAUCUUUAUUUUGCUCUGUUAGAAGGAGUGAUAAACGAUUAAUUAAUUUAGUUAUAAUGCCAAUAUGACCACUUCGACUAGUCCUUGAAGAAUUUACUUUUUCAUUUAAAACUCCGGUUGAGUUAACGGUAGCUCUAACUCGUUUAUCCAUUAUGUAUAGUGAUUACGUUUAAUCAACCGCUAAUGUUCCUAUCUAUCUGCUACUAAUGAUGUUUCUAACACUAACGAUCCAUACAGAUAAAGUGGUUAAAACAGAUUAAAUGAGAAGAUAUGAAACAUCUAGCCGGGACUGUGAUAAAUUUGUUAAGCGAAAGUUUACGGUAAAAUAAUAAAUAAGAAUCGGUAAAUUAUCGUGAUGCGAUGUAGAUCGGUUCGACUACUACAGUCGACGCUCAUUAUCUCGAACCUCCGUUAUCUCGAACUUUCUCUAUCUCGAACUUUUUCUUCGGUCCCUUGAGUUCUGUAAGCAAUAGUAGGCAGAAAAACGUUCGGUAUCUCGAACCUCCGUUAUCUCAAACUUUCACUAUCUCGAACUUUUUUCUCAGUCCCUUGGACUGAUUUACGCUCGUUAUCUCGAACUCUUGAAGAGGAAUUUUGAAAAAACAAGACCUUACACUGCUUGUUUUAAAGUCACAAAAUGUUGCAAUAAAAAGAAGACAUUUCAUUGUAAAACAGGUAGAUUUUGCAAUGUUUUUUUUGUGAUUUCCUUUGUCAGAAUGCCACCGAAAAGAAAGCUCGUUGUAAAAACUUUGGCAGAAAAAUGCCAAGCAUUAAAAGAAUUGGAAAAAGGUAUUCCAAAUAAAGAUAUCGCUAAAAAGUACGGGGUGCCUAAAAACACGAUAUCAACUUGGCUAGCCAAUAAGGAAAAACUUUUUUCUGCUCUCGAAAAAUCUUCGAGCAAGAAAAGAAAGAUCAGAGAUGGUAAAUUCUCAGAAGUAGAUCUUGUCGUGUUCAAAUGGUUUGUUUCACAACGAAGCAAAAACAUACCAAUCGAUGGGACAAUACUAAAGGAGAAAGCUAAAAGCUAUGCACAGGAGCUUGGAGUAGAAGAUUUCAAAGCUUCAGACGGUUGGCUUGGUAAAUGGAAAAAAAGGUAAGAAUAUUAAAUCUCUUUUUUUCGAAUUGGUUUUAUUUUGAUAUUAAAAUCUUAAAAAGACUAACAUAAACUAAAUAUGUUUCUUGAGUAUCUCGAUGCACUUUUCCGUUCCAAUAAAUGUCAAAUUGCAUGGCACUUGCAUGCCUUCACCAUCUCCC